CUGUCUAGAUUGUCUAUGUUAUAUGUUUUACAAAUUUACAUUCAAAUUUUAACGUUGGUUUGAAUUGAAGUAAACAAAUAAAACAGUGAAGUAAAUAGUAUAUUAUUUAGCCUGUAAGUGAAAUUGUUCAACAUGGGUGAACCUGAACAAGUAGAGGACAAUAACAGGAACGAUACCACAAUGAACAAUUCGGUGGUUACUUUUGAUAAUUUUCGAAUACUAAAAGAGUUCAGUAACAUAGCAAACCUCGUCAGAACUGAGGAAUUCCUUGAAACAGUGCCAAAACUUAGAGGUGUGAAAUGGGUUCAAAUGUUCAAUUGUUUAAAACAAGAUAUUCUGAGCGAGAUGGAGCAGGAAAUAAGUUCUAUGUGGGAAUUUGAAAACAUGCCUAAAAAACUCGAGAUCCUAGAAAAGCAGAAGGAAAAAUAUGCAGAAAUCAAUCCUAAUAAAUCUGUUUGGAGACCGCAAAAUAAUGACAUCAAAGGGCAACUAAAAGCUUUUGAUGUAGCUAAUUUGCGAAAGCAAAAAUCAUUACUCCUAUCUCUAGCACAGGAGAAUGAAUCAAAAGCCAAUAGACUGAAGAAGACAGUAGCAGCUAAACGGGGAUAUUUAAAAGCUCUGCAAAUGGAUAUACAAAAAUAUCAAAAGAAAAGUGAGCAAAUAAUGAUCAAAAUACAUGAAAAAAUUGAAAAUCAUGAGAAACUAGCAAAUUAUAUGCUACCAAAUAUAGUUAAUGUGAAUGAUAUACAUCUAACAGAUUCGGAAGUAGAUGAAUAAAGUGAUAAAACAAUAAAGGAUUGAGUAAAAUUUAUAUUUCAGAAAUGUACAGAAUCAGAGAAAUUACAACAAAAUAUUAUGUCUAGAUUAUAACUCAAUUUACUCUGAAACUAUUUUUACAGCAUAGAAGAAAAAAGAGAAUUAUUGUGUAAUAUAGAGUUACAAAUAGAAAAUCACAAAAUCUAUCUCGCAACAUAAUAUUAUGUAUUAGCUAAUAGAAUAAUAAUUUAUAUUUUCAUAUGAGCAGACAAGAUUCUUAAUUUGGAAAAGCAAUAUGGAUUCUAAACUACAAAAUUU